AUGUCUGCAAACGGCGCACCUCAACCCUCCCAACCUCCACCAUGGCCCUCAAAUGAAACUGCGGUACCGUUAAGAGGCUCACGAUUUCAUCCAGAAGCAGCAAAUCAGUAUGCUCCUGAGCAGCAGGCGCUGAAUUCAAACUCUCGCCUUUCUGCUACUCCGGGUCGGUCAUCGCAACCUCCCGGUUCGAUGCCGGCAUGGAAUCCUGCCGCGUUGCUCCAGCCAAGCCGUCGAGGCUUCAGCGCGACUGAUCUAAGAAACCUACCUUCUGGUCGCCCUCAUCCCAUGCAUAAUCCAAUGCCCAACGGUCCAGGGCGACAUUCUCCCUCACUGAACGAUCAAAUGAUUUUCCAGUUCACCAGUACUAGCGACACCUCCUCCAGUGGCCACGUCAGUGGCUUUUCAACACCAACUCCACCAAAUGGUGAGGCCUCGCUGUCGAAUGGGGUAGGACUCUGGAUAGAACGGAUGAACAAUGUUCAACAUCGCUCCAACGUUCCCCAUCCCAAACGCCGCAAGACCGAAGAUGCUCAAGAUUUCGCUGCGAGAUCGAAUCAUAUUCAAGUCCGGAGUAGCAGCGGAAUGCUUGGCGAGUAUGUGAAAGACGGGCGGCUGCAAGCCGAUAGACAAACCGUAGCUUUGGCAGCACCUACGGUGGAUUUAACAGAUGGAACCGAUGAUGAACUCAUGAUCAUUGACGAUCCCAAGGACGAGGAGGUCUGCUAUGGUAUGAUCAAAACGAAUCUCAACUGCAGCAAAGUACCCUCCCCAAAACCUGGCAUGCAGAGUUUGUGGGGCCCGAGCUACAAUCCGGGAAUCAAGAUUGUCCUUAAACGGCAGACCGGAGAACGGUCCUUGAAAAUCCAGGCAUCCGAUCACACUCGCGACAUCAUCGGCCUCGUGGAGUCGUCAAGUGCGGCAGCUCUCAGUCCUCUUCUCGACACAAACAUGCGUCUGAGAACGGAUUGUCGCAUCCCCCCGCAGCCCAAGAAACCUGGUGAAGAGCCGGGACAGGCUAUAUCUUGUUCCUAUGCUCUGGACAUUGUCUUGUACGGCCCUCAGCGUUAUACCAGGGCCGUUGGUAGUCUGCUGGCAAAGCACAGCCUGAAGCUCAUUGCGCCCCAUAUGGUGCAAAAAGGUAUCAAAGUCUGCAACCCGCAUGUCUCAGAAUGGCGGCCACCACCACCGAAAGUGUAUCCAACCAAUGCUCAGGGUACGUAUAGCAGCGUCGCCAACCGUACAGUCGAAGAGAUCCGCUCCGAGGUCAUGGGUGUUUUCGACUCUCUAAAGCGAAACGAUGAUCUACCAACCAUGGAGCCCGAUGCACGGAUUUUGACGCCGCUGCUUAGACAUCAGAAGCAAGGUUUGUACUUUAUGGCCACGCGCGAGAAGCCGCUCCGGGAGCAGUCCAAUAAGACAGCAAUGGUGUCCUUUUGGCAAACAAAGAUCAACGCCAGGGGAGAAAAAUCGUAUUCGAAUGUCAUUACUGGACAAGAACAGAGAGCAACCCCGCCCGAGACUUGCGGUGGCAUCCUCGCGGAUAUGAUGGGCUUGGGCAAGACUCUGAGCAUCUUGUCCCUGGUGGCGAGCACGCUGGACGAUGCUCACACCUGGGAACAAGCUGCAGUUCUGCAACGACCAAAGUCUGACCCUAGGCUCUCGAGCACAGGUUAUGCUGCCGCCCAGAGUACUUUUGAACCGGCAGCAGUCACUCGCCACGUCAAGUCAACCUUGAUCGUCUGCCCGUUGAGCACUGUGACCAACUGGGAAGAACAAUUAAUGCAGCAUGUUGCUCCUGGAAGCCUCUCUUAUCAUAUCUACCACGGAUCCAGCCGUAUCAAGGAUAUCCGCAAACUUGCCGAAUUCGACAUUGUCAUCACCACAUAUGGCUCCGUCUCCAACGAACUCGGGUCGCGAAGGAAGGGCAAAGGCGGUCUGUUUCCGCUAGAAGAGAUUGGCUGGUUUAGGAUCGUGCUCGACGAGGCUCACAUGAUACGCGAAGCCUCGACUUUGCAGUUCAAGGCCAUGUGCCGGUUGCAAGCCGAGCGGCGAUGGGCAGUUACAGGCACCCCGGUACAGAAUCGCCUGGAUGACUUGGCAGCGUUGCUUAGCUUCUUGCGACUUUAUCCGUUUGAUGACAGGACAAAGUUCAAUCGUUAUAUUGUGGAGCCGUUCAAGGCGUGCGACCCGGAAAUUGUGCCGAGGCUGCGGGUCCUUGUCGAUACGGUUACGCUCCGUCGACUCAAGGACAAGAUCGAUCUUCCCAAACGGGAGGAUCUGGUGGUGCGGCUGGACUUCAGCCCCGACGAGCGUGCCAUCUACGAACUUUUUGCGCGGAAUGCUCAAGACCGGGUUAAGGUCCUGGCGGGCGUCAACACUGGCAAAGCCCUCGGCGGCAACACCUACAUCCACAUUUUGAAGGCCAUACUCAGGCUUCGACUUCUCUGCGCGCAUGGCAAAGACUUGCUGAAUGACGAGGACCUGGCCGCUCUUCAAGGCAUGUCGGCAGAGCUCGCCAUCAGCAUCGACGACGACGACGAUGGUGAGGGACCCGCUCUCUCGCAUCAAAAGGCGCAUGAAAUGUUUUCGCUGAUGCAGGAGACCAACAACGACGUCUGCGUCGAAUGCGGCAAAAAGAUCCAUACGGGCGAGGGCCAGACCAUGGAGCCUGACCAGCAGCAGGAUGACGUUCUUGCCUUGAUGACGCCAUGCUUCCACGUCGUCUGCCGAACCUGCUACCGAAGCUAUCGCGAACGAGCUCGGAACAUGCUAGAACCUGACCAGGCUGCCGGGCCAUGUCCAGUCUGCGAAGCCCACGUCCGCUUCGAGUUUGUUGAGCUGCGGCGGGAUGAUGUGGACGCAGAGCAUGACGGGCCAGCCAAGCCGAAGUCGCGCCAUGGCGGGAAGCGGCUGGACAAGUACGACGGCCCACACACCAAGACCAUAGCCCUCGUUGAGGACCUGCUACGCAACAGAGCCGCGAGCCAAGCCAACCCGUCCGAAGCCCCGUUCAAGUCUGUCGUGUUUUCAGGCUGGACCUCGCACCUCGAUCUCAUCGAGCUGGCCUUGAACGCCGCCAGCGUCAGGUUUGUGCGUCUGGAUGGCAGCUUGUCGAGAAGUGCGCGAACGGCGGCAAUGGAAAGGUUUCGCCAAGACAACGAGGUGGAAGUCAUUCUCGUAUCCAUCAUGGCUGGGGGCUUGGGUCUCAACCUGACGGCGGGCAACAACGUCUACGUGAUGGAACCGCAGUACAAUCCGGCAGCAGAAGCGCAAGCGAUUGACCGCGUCCACCGCCUGGGCCAGAAACGGCCUGUUCGUACGGUGCGCUACAUCAUGCGAGACAGCUUCGAGGAGAAGAUGCUCCAGUUGCAGGAGAAGAAGAUGAAGUUGGCCAGCCUGAGCAUGGACGGGCAGAGCAAGGCGCUGGACAAGGCUGAAGCCGCAAGGCAGAAGUUGAUGGAUUUACGAAGCCUUUUCAAGUAG